AUGUACAUGUCGUUCUGGAAAAGAGCUGCGGCCGACGACAGCUCGGACAACGGGGGGCUGGGCGAGGAUGUCGGCGAUGGGCAGUAUAAUGGAGGGGAUUAUUAUGAUGAGGGGGAUUAUAGUUGGUGGUGGUCGCCGACCGGCAUGGCGGUCCGCUACACGAUCAUCAUCCUCAUCUUCGCGUCCAUCGUCAUCUUCUUCCUAGGAGGAUACUGGCACGCGCAGCGCCGCAUCCGCAAAGGCCUCCCUCCGCUUCCCUAUCACGCCUGGAUGGUGCGGAGAGCAUAUCGUCGUCAACAACCUCAGUACAACUACAAUCCCUACUACCAGCAACCGGGCCCCUAUCCGCAGCAGCAAGGAUACGCUAUGCAUGAGAACGAGCCACCGCUUCCGCCCCCACCAUACACUGCGCCUCCACCUGCGUAUGCGCCUCCCGUGGGUGCUAGCAAGGCCAUGGCGGAUCAGACGUUCCAUGCGGUUGAGAGACCUGGAGAGUCGAGUCUGCCACCGCUUCCUCCUGCGGCGCGGCAGUAA